ACACGCCCACGCAUGCACCAGAAACCCGUAUGCUCACGAUUUCUCUACUGAUUAUGCAUCCAGUUGUGAAAUUCUUCGUUGUCGUUUGCUCCUUUGUCGCAUAUCUUGCCAUCGGUGCAGCAAUUUUCGCAGCACUCGAACGUCCAGCAGAAAAAGAUCGAGCCGAUCUAGCAAACAGAGCGAAAAAUGAGGUUUUAUCCAACCUGACAAGCCAAUUCAACAUCAACGACAGCCAGUUGGCCGGCAUCGAAAGCCUUCUGAUCAAAUACUAUGAAGCUGAGACUAAUUAACAGGCAGCAAUGCAAGAAAAUUGGUUUUACGGUCCCACGUUUUUCUUCUGCGUUACAGUGGUAACGACAAUCGGUUAUGGUAAUGUUUCACCUUCAACGGCAGCCGGUCAGAGGUUUUGUAUUGUGUACGCUUUGAUUGGAAUUCCUUUUACCGCCUAUUUGCUCAGUAUGAUUGGUGGUUACUAUGGCAACUUGUAUGAAAAGUUGGAGCACGGAUUUAAUUCCCGGAUGAAAGAGAGCAGUUACUCGGAGAGAAGGAAAAAGAUUGUGAAAUAUGUUUUUAUUGGAGUUACGUGUGUGUGCUGUUUCGUGUUAUUUUUUGUUGUCCCGGCUGCAAUAUUCACAUCAAUUGAAUCAUGGAAUUACAGCGAGUCGAUUUAUUAUUCGUUCAUUACUCUCUCAACUAUUGGGUUUGGAGAUUAUGUUGCUGGUCAAGACACAGAGGAUGAUAGCGUUCGAGCGGUUUACAAAGUCGCUGUUGGAUUUUGGAUUUUUCUUGGCUUGUCGUUCUUGGCUUUGGUAAUUACAAGAAUGACUGGUGUUGUGCAGACGGUAGUGGAAGGGAAGAACUCUGAGGAUGAGGAAGAUGAAGAAAGUGAGAAAGUCGGAGAGGCAAUUCAAUUGAAUGAAGAAACGACAGAAUCCUAAAGUCAUGUGACACAGGAUUGCUGAUUGUUAAUAUCAAAUAGUUCUAGACUAAUUUUGCUAUCAGAUCAUCACCCGAGGAGUGAAAUGCUACAUUUGCCGCCUUGCCUUAUCUUUAAUUUUUGUAGCUGGCCAUCCAUUUCGGCCACACUGCUCAUCAGUGUAUAAUUUAUUUCACACAUGGG